CCACCUCGAUGUGACCGUCCCGUCACCGUGGCUUCCGUGAAAGACGUGUAUCACUAUAUGCAAACCAACAGUUCCAUACAAUGUCUGCCAAGGCACCGUUCACUCUGGGUAUCUUCCAUGCUUUGCUCUAGAUAUCGCACUAACGCUCUAGUCGUGGCGCUCUGCCCCCGUCCGACCUGACACCACUCUAUCGGCUGCUACUCGCAUCAUCCGUUGACGUUGUUCCCCUGAUUGUGACUCUGCCGGCCGGGGUGUCUGUCAAUCGUGAGCUCCCGAUAUGAUUGAAUUUCACUAUAUAUGAUGGGCCUCGAUGCCUCUCAUCCUGGUCUCUGUUCCAACUCAUCACUCACAACCCAAUCCGGGAAGGCAUUCACUCACUCUUGCAUACUCGUUUCUUGCAAAGAGAUACUACUUUCGUUCUAAUAACUAAUACACACCAUCGUUUAUCAUGGCUCCCAUCAUUCGGGCCCUGGCUGCUCUCGCAGCUGCCACCCUCUUUCACCAGGUCACCGCGACCACUACCGAGUUGCCGCCUUGCCUCGAUGAAUUCCAGCCCUUCACCUACCAGGGCUGCUUCAAGGAGACGGGUACCAAGGGCGAGAAUGCCCUCGACUUCCGCUCCGGUCUCAACCAGCAGAACAUGACCAUCGAGACAUGUGUGGACGCCUGCAAGGGUAAUGGUUACCGCUACGCUGGUCUCACCUACUACGGUGUCUGCUACUGCAGCGCGACCAUCAACAGCCCUGCCCUCGAAGAGUCUACUUGCAGCUACAAGUGCACUGGCAACAGCUCCGAGAUCUGCGGUGGCCCCUCGGCUUUCUCUGUCUAUCAAGAUCCCACGUUCCCCUCUGGCGGUGCCACCGUUGAAGACUACACCUCCAUUGGCUGCUACACCGACGACACCAACCAUGGCCGUACCAUCGCUGAGCGCCAGGACUCUGUUGACUCUGCCACCAUGACUCCUUCCACCUGUCUCUCCGCUUGUGCCAGCGAGGGAUACGCCUUUGCCGGUGUCGAGUACGGCGGCGAGUGCUACUGCGGUGUCGUGAUGGGUAACUACACGGCUGCCACUACCAUGGACCAGUGCAACAAGCCUUGCAACGGCGACAGCACCAAGAACUGCGGUGGCUCUGCCGUCAUGGAGAUCUACGUCGCCAGCAAGCUCAAGUCCCUCGAGCCCUGCGGCUACGUCCCUCCCGUCAACUCGGUCUCGUCUUCUUCCACGAUCUCCAUCAGCACCUCGACCACUAUCCCGUCCAUCAGCAUCCCUCCGGCGACCUCCUCCACCACGAGCUCUACUCUGGUCACGUCCACCACUGUGUCUACCCAAGCUCCUCCUUCCACCACCGUCUCUACCCAGGCCCCUCCUUCAACCACCACCGCUCCUGUGACCACUUCUCAGCCUCCCGUCACCACUUCUAAGCCUUCCACGACCAUCCCCACCACCACUGCUCCCGCUAUCUGCACCACCACCAUUGUCACUCCCGCCACAUGCGAGUACGGCUGCGGCAGCUGGUGCAACAAGAACCUCCCCGACUUUGACGACAACGACAGCUGCACCAAGGCCCACAACAGCUGCAAGCUUCAGGUCAGUGCUUGUCUGAAGAACGCUGGAUGGCCCGGUUCUGCUAGCUGCAUGGACUUCAAGGCCUGGUGCAGCGACGUCAGCAGCUACUGCUCCAGCUCUUGCAAGGGCAAGGGAUCCUGCUCCAAGAAGGACUGCUUCGCCAAGAAGGUUCCCAAGGGUUACAAGCCUGGCACUACCUCCGUGUCUACCUUCCCUUGCCCCUCCAAGCCCACCACGACCUCCACCCCGGUCACCACCGUUGUGCCCCCUCCUCCUACUGGUGUCUGCAAGCAGCCUUCCAGCUGGUGGCUCGGAUACGGCCCUGGCAACCCCGUCGGUGGCAUCGAGAUCCCCAUCGUCACCUGCAACGACAUCGCCGUCGACUUCCAGGCCGGCAACCAGUUCAAGUUCUACCUCCAGGCCGACUCCAAGCUUUGCAAGUCCUUUGGCCGCGGCAGCGUUCCCAGCGUCUGCCAGGAAGCCUGCAAGGAGCAGUACAACGCGUGCCAGAACACCUACGCCCAGGGCUGCAAGACCUACAACAACCGCCGCGGCCGCCGCGACGAUGCUGCCGUCUACGCCCGCGCUCCCGACUUCGCCAAGCGCUGGUUUUUCUCGGACAACUUCAGCGUCGCCAUCAACAAGUGCACUGUUCAGUACACCGACUGCCUUUCUGAGAACCGCAAUUCCUAUGCGGCCAGCAAGUGCGGUUCCUUCGGCACCGGCUACUAGGGGGCUUACCUGUUAUGCUCUCUCGGGGAUGAUGCUCACGAGUAGAUGUGAUAGAUGGGGAGUUUGAUUGUUUAGUAACAAAGGCUUUGGCGGCAACUUUACUCUCUUUAGAUGGUGAAACCUUAUCGGUAUUUUAAUGGCUAGUUUUCUCAAUAUACUCGGGCUUCGGCUCGCUGUUCAUACUC